AUGAGAAACACUCUGGUGUUGGCCCUUUUUAUCGGCUCAAUCUCGGCCACUCCAUUGAUAUUUCCCCGUGGAAAGCAUCGUCCCCCGUUUUUGCUUGGACGACCACCCGGUGGACAGUUGAGAUCAUCUUUCUAUCAUGCGACUGGCGGUCAGCACUCGCUUGUCGGUGAUGAUAAUCCCUAUCCAUGGGUGGAAACGCUGUAUUUCACCCAAAAACUCGAUCACUACAAUCAAACGAGCAGAGCCACUUGGCAACAGAAAUACUAUCACAAUCAAAAGUAUUACGAUGGGAAAGGUUUAAUCUUCUUGAUGAUCGGUGGUGAGGGUCCUGAGCCGAUUCGAUGGGCUGGCAAUCCGGAUGUCUCCUAUUUAAAAUGGGCCGCCGAAUACGGGGCAAUGGUUUUCAGUUUGGAGCACCGAUUCUUUGGAGACAGUUGGCCGAUCAAAAGUAUGGAGUACGAUGCCCUCAAACUGUGCACCACUCAACAAGCCCUCGCCGAUCUAGCCACUUUCAUCAUGGCUAUGAAUAAGAAAUAUGCUUUCAGCAAUCCAAGAUGGGUCACAUUUGGUGGAAGUUAUCCGGGAUCGUUGUCGGCUUUCUUCAGAGCAAAAUAUCCCGAUUUGACUGUUGGAGCGAUCGCCAGCUCAGCUCCAGUUAAUUUGAAAUUGGAUUUUUACGAAUACGCAAUGGUGGUUGAAGACGACGUGACGAUCACUGAUCCGACUUGUCCGGGAGAGAUUCGGAAAGCUUUUGAUGCAAUGCAGAAAUUGAGUCUUUCCGCAGCUGGACGUGAAACAUUGAACACAAUCUGGAACUUGCAACCCAAGUUCGACACCGAAACGACCAAGUUGGAUAUCACGAAUUUCCUGGCGAAUGUUUACUCACUUUUCCAGGGAAUGAUCCAGUACACAUAUGAUGGACAGUCUCAAAUGACUCAAACGAACAUCACAGCCAGGGCUUUAUGCAAUAUGAUGACCAAUCAAAGUGUCGCGGAUCCGAUUCAAAGAGCUUACAACGUUUGGUUAUGGUACCAGAGUUUCUAUGGAGAUCCAGACUCGGACAUCACGAUUUUCCCGAACAGUUACUGGGAUAUGAUUAGUUCGAUGAGUAUGAAGAACGUUAAUGAUAUGGACGAAAAUGGAGCUGAUCGUGGCUGGAUGUGGCUGUGUUGCAAUGAGAUCGGUUUCCUUCAGACAACCGAUCAAGGAAGGAACAUUUUCGGAGCAACUGUUCCGUUAAACUAUUUCCUCGACAUGUGCACGGAUCUUUUCGGCUCGGCGGUCACUUCGGAUUUUGUACGCGACAAAAACAUUGAUGCUGAAAAUUUCUAUCAAUUCGCUAGUGAGGCAACAAAUAUCGUACUCCCGAAUGGAUCACUCGAUCCAUGGCAUGCUCUUGGUACUUACACAGUCGAUGCGGCAAAUGGAGUGGCUCCAUACUUGAUCAAUGGCACGGCUCACUGCUCCGAUAUGUACCCAAUCUACGAUGGAGAACCACCAGCUCUUGUGGCUGCUCGUUUAUUCAUUGAGCAAAAUCUUGCCUAUUUCAUAAACAAUUCCACACAACCUACCAUACCGACCAUUGUUCCACCGAUCUCGUCCACCGUUUCCAUCUCGACGGCGAGUCUUGGAACAACUACAGUGGCCACAAUGGGAACUGGACCAACUACAGCCAACACAGGACCAACUACGGCAACUACAGUCAACACAGAAUCAACUACAACCACCACACCCAAUACUGGCCCUACAACGACGACUAUGACAACUACGACUACGACAAAUACUCCAUACACAGGAACCGGCUCAACAAGCACAAUAACGACAAUGGCCCCAGCCACUGCAGGCACUGGCCCAACAACCACUGCAGGCACUGGCCCAACAACCACUGCAGGCACUGGCCCAACAACCACAAAUACUGCAAAUCCGGGUGAUUCAUCAUCCCCGACGACCACGAAAUCGGUUACAAGUGUGAGAUUCUCAUUUACUUUGUUAUUGCUUUCGUUGAUUGCUUUGGUUUUG